GAUUCAGCCCUUCAGUGCCUCUCCGAAACCAACUUGCUGCGCUGCUCUCGCGGUUUGUGGGGUUUUCCUCCUCUCUCAGUCGGUCACUGAUGUUGUUUCUUCGUCCUCUGUAAGCGUGAGCACACUGUUGAAGCCUCCGCGUUAUAACACGGAGCCAGGGGAGUGCGUAUUUGCCUCAGUUUUUUUUUGUUGUUGCCAAAAACGAAAGUAAAGUGAAGAGGGCCCGUGGAGCCAUGUCUGACAGUGCGGAAGAGGAGAUGUCGGAGGAUCGCGAGCCCCUCCAGAAGGACCUCACCUGCCCCGUGUGUCAGGGCAUCUUCAGGGACCCCGUGCUGCUGCCCUGCACCCACAGCUUCUGCCGGGAGUGUCUGGAGAGCAGUAUGAAGUUCAACAAGAGGUGUCCCCUGUGCAGGAAGGACUUUGAGGAAGGGCUGGUUAUCGCCAACCGCGCGCUCAGCGACGCCUGCGAGACCUACCUGAAGACCAAACACACGAGGCCGAAGCUGGAGAGUGGCGGCGAGGACUGCUGCAACCUGCACCUGAAGCCCCUGGAGCUGUACUGUGAGAAGGACGAGGAGCCCGUGUGCGUGGACUGUGUCAGUCUGCACAGCACGCACAGGCUGCUGUCCCUGAGAGACGGAGCGCCGGUGUGUAAGCGGGAGCUGAGCUUCAAAGUGCAGAUUUUUGAGAAGAAAGUGGAGUCCUACAAGAAAACGACACAUAAACUGAACAACGCGGUGGAAUACAUCAAGUACCAAGCUGGACAGGCGGAGAAGCAGAUCAAGUCAGAGUUUGAGAGGCUGCACGCGGCGCUCGUGACCGAAGAAGCUCUGCGUCUAAAAGCCCUGGCGACUGAGGAGGAGGAGAAGAUCGCUGCCAUUCAGGAGCUGGUCACCACCACAAACAAGGACAUCGUCACCCUGAAGGAGCUCAUCGACACUCUGAAGAAAGAGAUGGGCAACGAGGAUCUGCCCCUCCUGAAGAAUUUCCAGAAUUUAAAAAGAAAAGCCCAGUGGACUCGUGACGACCCUUGCCUACCCAAUGACUCUCUUUUGAGUAUGGGAAAGCACGUCGGUGCUUUGAGCUACAAGAUCUGGAGGAACAUGCAGGCCCACGUCAAAUAUAAUCCUGUGGUGCUGAACCCGAACUCAGCCUCUCCUUGGCUGAGCCUGAGCGCUGACCUGACCAGUGUGAAGGAAAGCGCCGAGCGGCUGACCGCCCCUGACAACCCGGAGCGCUUUGAUCCCUGCGUGUUCGUCGUGGGUGUCGAAGGUUACACCGCUGGGAAACACAGAUGGGAUGUCAUCGUCGGUGACAACCCCAGGUGGAUUGUGGGGGUGUGCAAAGAGUCAGUGACCCGUAAAAAGAAGUUCACGCUCUCUACGAGCCGCGGUGUUUGGUCGAUAGGACUGAGCAAAGGGGCGUACACCGCCUCCACACCUGAACGUACGGAGCUGCAGGUGCAGCAGCGUCCUGAGAAGAUCCGCGUCAAGCUGAAUAUGGAUCGGGGAGAGGUGUCGUUUUGGGAUGGGGGAACGGCGAAGCACCUGGUUACUUUAACACACAAGUUUGACGAGAAGAUGUUUCCUAUUUUCGGCCCUGGGCUCCAUAAUACGCCGAUGAUCCUGGCUCCAGGAAAAAUGGCUGUACACACCUCGUGAUGGGCGAGUAUGCUGCAUAAGGAUCGCUGUUGAGUGAAAAUAAAUGUAACUUUAUAUUUUCAAGUCACACACUUUUUACAAGCAAGAAUACUGUGCCAGUCAAACUGGGAUGAAAAAGAAUCUAAGAAAGUAAAUUACAACAACAAAAAAAAUAAAUAGACAAAAACUUAACCGGAAUAUAGAUAAACAAGUCAAAUGGGAACGCUUCUCAAAAAUUACAUUUCAAUCAAAUAAAAUAUUGAAAUGAUGAGGCCGACCUAAAGCAAAUACCGCACGGCAGUUAUGAAACUUGCAGACUGAUGCUUGAAAACUUUAAAACAUGCACACAGUCAGCGACUUUUUCGCUGUCAGCUGAUGAUGAACACCACAUUUCCUUUUUUAGACGUGUCUUAGCUGGAGGAAGCAGGACUGACCAGUCCAAAAUGACACCAAAAUAAGUGGCUGCAUGGCUGAUGUUGGUAGACAAAACUGAUUGAAGAUAUAGAUUAAGUCAUCUCCAUUUAUUUAUUGUGCUGCAGGGGAAAUUUAAAAAAUAGUGUGAAUAUAAUUAAGUUGUUUUUGGGCUACUAGGGCUAAUGUUAGUAGAUACUUGCUAUCUUCCAGUCUACCAGGAAUCAGAAGAAUGGAUUAAUGCUUGGAUUCUGUGUGUUUCAAUUACAAAUGUGAUUUUUGUUGAUUCUCAUAUACUACGGUCUGAAAUGUUAACUGUGCUGGUUUGUCAGAUCUGAGAUGAUGUUAUUAGUUUGCUGUUCAUCACUCACUACAGAUAGUGUGGCCAGGAAGUGGACACUGAACACAGCAAGGCAAUAUUUUAAAGUAGGAUAUACUCCGGGUGGAACAGAGUCACUGUACAGCACCGUGUUUUCCUAACUGAAGAAUUCAAUAUGUGGCAUCAGUUUCACAGACUUGGAUCUAAACUGAGAAGACGAUUUAAAAAAAAGUCUUGGCUUAGUGCGUCUUUGUCAUACACACACUGACUGUAACGUGACUGUGUUGACAUGUGUGCCACCAUUCCAGCGUAAAAAACAGACAAAGUAGCCAGAAAGCAAAAACAGUUCUGGAGUUGAAAUGUGGAAAGAAAGGAUACGACUAUGGCCCAGAGGUUUUACGCCACUAGGAGUCAUGAUGUAGUGAUUCCAGUGAGUUCAGAGCACCUGCAUGCUGUAAUGAAAAUAAAGUACAUGGCAUCAGUGUAUUGAGAUAUUUGUCCUACCCCUGGUAUAUAAUGCUACUAAUGCUCAGAAUCUGUCUGAAUGUGUUCUCUCAAUGUGAGCAGUUGAUCAAUAAAGUAUGUGAAAAUCAAAA